AUGGUGAAACUGUCUGAUCUGGAGAAUCGGGCAGUGCAAUUCAUGGCCAAUAGGUAAAUAUGUGUCGGCUUUUUUCUGUCUAACUGUCGGCUGUAAAGAGUGAAUUUAGAAAAUCUGGCAACAACAUGGGACUUUGCCAAAUCUAUGUGCAUUGGAUCCCUGACGGAGAGUUGCCUCAAUCUGAUGAAUGCGCAGUUUAAAAGUUUAGUAUCUAGUAACGUCUUUGUUCGCCUGCCUGCUGACACCGUGCUGACUUUGCUGCGAAACGAUAGUCUGCCAGUCGACUCUGAGGAGGACGUUUUUAUGGCCAUUUCAAGUUGGGCGUGUUCUGGCGGUAAAGAGGCCGAUAACGAGAGGCUGAGUGUGCACGCUCCAGAGAUGUUAAAGGAGGUUCGUUGGAGUCAGACGACUCUCCAAUUCCGCAGUCGUCUAGUGGAUAGUCAUCCAAUGUUUCAGGAAAGCAACAGCUGCCUGUAAGUACAUGCUGUUCCCGUUCGUCAUUUAUUUCUAAUGAAAGUCGCUUUAUGACUCAGGUGGAGCGGUGGAUGAGCUGCGCAGACAGGGACACGACUCCGUGUCCCUUCAACCGACGUUGGAGACCGCAUCCGACGAUCUUCGUAUUUGGAAGGGGCAAAGGUCAGGACAGGUGGUCUGUUCUGCGUUUCAAUUCGCGGCUGGAAAAUGAAGAAAGGGUUGCUGACAUGGAGAAGCGUGAAUACGCCUCCUGCAGUGUCGUGGGCGGUAAGUUGCCUAACAGUUACGCACCCCCUCUUCUGCGCACCUGCCUAGUUUUCCAAUUUGUCGAAUUUGACCAUUUGGUGCCUCUUUUGGCAGAAUUUUAACACACACACACGCGCAGUAAUAAUAGGGGGUUUUGAGGUCUUGGCGUUGUCCAUUUGCCCCCCGGGAAUUCCAUCAAAAUUAGCAAAGAGGAAAACUGACGUAACUUAGCCUGGCCUGUCCCGACGCGUCUGUUUUUUCCGUCUUCAAUUUACCCAACCGUGUCUCCACCUGCGUGGUUUGUGUCCGUCACUGGCGGCUACUCAACUGGGGGGACUAGUCCAUCCACAUCUUUUUGUCUGACGAUGAUAUUACCCCUCUUUUUGCAGCAGUUGCACUUCUUCCCUGUCAACUGCACGACUCUGUUUUAGUAGACCUUACAUUGUAUUUUAUCCUUCUAAGUCUCCUGUCAUCCACCUCAUACAGGCACUUUAUUGACAUUUUUCUACCCCACCCCACGGAAGAGAGCAUUUUCGUGGUUGGAGGAGACACUGAGCUAGUGAAGAACUCACCGAGCGUUGAGGAGUUUCUGGUGGGAGAACAGUGCUGGCGCAAACGGCCGCCCCUCGCUGUUGGACGCUCGUACCACGCAGCCGCUGUCGUAAGGGAAGCCGGAGGGAAGGCGCUUAUCGGUAUUUUCGGUGGACGCAGUAACCAUGGACGCCUUUCCUCAUGUGAAGUCUACGACGUCAGUCAGGAGAGGUGAGAUCACACUCGUCUUAGCGUCUCUUUGUUGCCCUUUUAUCUUACAAAAGUCUCCUGUUUUGCCUUCUCACUCGUCUCCUUGCCGUUCCCACUACAGGUGGUUCAAACUGCCCGAUAUGCGAGAGAAGAGGAGCGCCACAGCUGCAGCCUCCCUGCCGGGCGACAACCGAGUCUUCGUUUUUGGCGGUCGGAAUGACUCCUGCUGGCUGCCUUCCAUGGAGUUCUGCCAUUUGCAAGCAGACUGGUUGGAGAGCGCGGCCUCAGCCAGCACGGAGGACUUCUGGCAGCCAGCCGCACCCAUGAGAACUGCGCGAUCGGCGCUGGCAGCGACGUACUUUCGGGGCAAAAUCAUUGUCGCCGGGGGAUAUGAUGGUGAGAAGGAUCUGGACGUGGUGGAGAUGUUCUCACCACCGGACGCCAGGUGUCCCCAGGGCCAAUGGACAGUGCUGGCCGGCAUGAAGGAAACCCGCUGGUCAUUCACGCUUGUCCCCUCCACCGACGCCGUAUAUGCUUUCGGUAAUGAUGCCUCCUCCUGCUCCUCCUUUGUUCUACACUGACGCAACAAUGUAACUGCAUUCCUUCUCCACAGUCCUAAUCUCUCUCUCUCUCUCUCUCCCUCUCUCUCUCUCUCUCUCUCUCUCUCUCUCUCUUUCUCUACCUUGCAUGUCAUUCCAUGACCUUUUCCAUGUAUUCCAUUUUAUGAAGAGGAUUAAGACAUCCGUAUGAUGGCAACAAUGUGAAGAUGUGACUUUGCAUGGCGUACUGACUUCCUUUGCUAGAAUUGUGCGACAGAAUAGUUAAAGCCUCUCCAGUAAAUGAUCGGUUAAUUGCUUAAUUUGUCUACUCGGAGAUUUUUUGGAACAGAUUUCUACUGGCUGUGUUGUGUAAAUUUUCUUCUAGUUUCUCUACUAAUUUAUAUACAGAAAUAGAUUUUUACUAGCAUUGUGCAAUUUUUGCAGGCUUUUUGUUCAGAUCACGAAACACGGUGGAGACUCUCACAGCUCCAGGUGAAUCAGUUGAUGUCAGCAACGACUUGACAUCUUGGACCUGGUCGUCCAAGAAACCCCUGGAGUCGCUCGCAUUUAUCGGUGGAGCUGCUGGCAUCAACAUGUAA